AUGACAACGAGGAUACUUUUACUUUUACACCCAACUGUCGUUACUGAUGCUCAUUCAGUAGAAUCUAUCAAAUCAGACCUAGCCAAAUUGCACAGCGGCGUCGAUUACCAUAUAGAUCAACAAAUCAUCAACCGAGUUACUCAGGGUGAUGUCAUUUUAAACAAUGCUUCCUAUAACGAAAUUUACUACAUCAAUCCUAAUGAAGAUGAGUAUCGGGAGAUGCCAUUACUGUUGAUUCAGUUAUUGUUCGAUUUGUUGGCCACAUCAGGUGGUGUAGUGAAGGGGGAUUUACCCAAGGAUCAAAAUUUGGACGUUUUGAUGCAAGGUUUUGUAGUGGAAGAAGAUGGAUCCUGGACUAAGCCCAAGCCGGUGACCGAAACUGUCCAGUUGAAAAAGAAACUAAACAAGGGUGGCAAUUAUACUCACGUGGAUGGUGGUGGUUCGACAUUGAAGAAAUUGCCCAUGUUUAAGAAAUUAUCGGAUCAGAAUGCAGCACCAGGUUUAACCGAUACAUCAGCUUCAAACACCGAUGAGGAGAACGAAAAUGGAGGCAUGAAGAGGAAACUAGUUGAGACGAAGCUAACUUAUUUCAGUGAUUCGGAUAAUGAUGAUAAUGACGGUGAUGACAUUGAUAUUGACGACGAUGCUGACAAAUACAUCAAUGAAGAUGAACUAAUACAAGACUUGAAAACGGACAAUUUGAUAAUACCCAAGAAAUGCGAAUUACCCAAUGGUAAAAGAAGAAGAAAAGCGUGUAAGGAUUGUACAUGUGGGUUGAAGGAGAUGGAAGAAUUGGAGGACUCCAAGCAACAACUGCUCCAGAAUUCGAUAUUGGGAAAAAUGGCCCAGUCAGCUAGUUUAGAAGCAGAAAAGAUUGAAGCUAGAUUGAAACAGAAACAGGGUGAAAAAGUCAAGUUCAAAGAGGAGGACUUGACUGAAAUUGACUUCACUGUCAAGGGUAAAACUGGUGGAUGUGGAUCUUGUGCUUUGGGAGAUGCUUUUAGGUGUGAUGGAUGUCCCUAUUUGGGAUUGCCUCCUUUCAAACCCGGCGAGGCUAUUACCUUAGACGGAAUGGAUGAAGAUAUCUAA